ACACUACCGUUCGAUGGAUCCCAUGCCGUGGGAACCAGAUGUAAUCUUAAUUAACAUAAAAAAAGACUGAAAGCAAUUGCCUGAACAAAACUACUAGAAACGUGACAACGUUUUGAAAUUCUGUUGUUUUCUUCUGGAAGACUUUGUGAUCUGGUGGUAUCGUUACAUUUGCACCUUUGAAGCCUGAACCAAUAUAAUAUAUUGAAAAAAAGGGGUCGAAACUUUGAUGAAGUGGUAAUUUUUUGCAUAAAAAGUUAUAAAAAAUGGAGAAGGAAGUGGGUAACGCGGGUUCUUCUCUUGCUUACAAGCUUUUAUUUUCAUGCCCUUUCGGUCUGUCUCGGCUACAGCUGUCCGCAGUUUUCGAUGAAUCCUACGAUAGAAUCCCUCAUUCAGAUACGAAUUUGGAGAAUUCCAUUUCUGAGACAUGGGAUCAGAGGGUUCAGAAAACUGGAUCUUUAUUCAAUGGCAAGAAAUUUAGGUAUGGAGGAUACAGUGAGAAGAGUGGAGAUGGAUCAAAGCAAGAGUCUUAUGUAUGCCUCCAUCUCGGAUUGACAGAUUAUAGAACUUUUGUAGGGACAAACUUGAAUCCUUCAUGGGAAAAUUUCUUGGUUGCAUCAGAAGAUGACCCGACACAGUGUCAACACACCUCAAGCCCUCUUGGAAAUGGUGCAAUUGUGGAGGCAUCUGACAAGAAAAUAGUGGUGCUGCAAAGAAGUAAUAAUGUUGGUGAAUUUCCUGGGCAUUUUGUUUUCCCCGGAGGCCACCCUGAGCCUCGAGACAUUGGCAUAGAAACCCACAAAUACAGCAAGGACUCAAAAGAUCAUGAGCUUGUUAAUAAAAAAGUUGCCCAAGAGAUGUUUGAAAGCUCUAUUCGUGAAGUUGUUGAGGAAAUUGGAGUACCAACUACUUCUCUGUCAGAUCCUCUUUUUAUUGGCAUAUCUCGCAGGGUUUUGAAUGUUAGACCAGUUAUUUUUUUCUUUAUUAAGUGCAGUCUUGAAUCAAAAGAAAUUCAUCAACUAUAUUCCAAAGCACAAGAUGGCUAUGAAUCCAUUGAACUUUAUACAGUCUCAAUGAUUGAAGUAGAGCAGAUGACAUCUAAAAUGCCUGGCUGCCAUCAAGGUGGAUUUGCUCUCUAUAAGCUGAUGGUUGAAGCCUCCAAGAACAUCUGAUGCUACCUCACGACUGCUGUUCUCUUCAAGAUUUCGCCUCUUCUUAAGUUUGCCUAUUAUGUGUUCAAAGCAACGACAUUCGGUUCAUAAUUUUUGAUGUAUUUU